GAACAUUGAUGACAUUAAAAAAAGCGAUUUUGGCUACGAGGUUAUGUUUACUGGAUAAUUUUGUCGAGUCAGUUUAGUUAUUUGUGAAAUCAUAUAAUUGUUUCUUUAUAUUAAGGAUACAAGAAAAAUGUUGGUAACGCUAAAAACUUUACAGCAGCAAACGUUUCAAAUAGAAAUUGAUCCCGAUGAAACGGUCAAAGCAUUGAAGCUUAAAAUUGAAGUUGAAAAAGGUAAAGAUUAUGCGGCAGACCAUCAAAAACUUAUUUAUGCGGGUAAAAUCCUUCUCGAUGACAAUAAACUGCGUACAUACAACAUAGAUGAAAAAAAAUUCAUCGUUAUAAUGGUGACUAAACCUAAAUCUUCGGAUAAUCCACAAACAUCAUCAGCCUCGGCACCAGCAUCCGCAGAAAAUGCUUCAACGGAAAGUGGUGAUGGUAAAGAUAAAAACGUCGAGGAAAAACCAAAACCUGCACCGGAAACUGAACCCGAACGUGCAGCUGAACCACCAAUUCAAUCUAAUGAGCUUGAUUUUGAAUCAACAGUUCAAAGCAUAAUGGAUAUGGGAUAUAAUAGACAACAGGUAGAGCAAGCACUUCGUGCAUCUUUUAAUAAUCGUGAAAGAGCUGUGGAAUAUCUUAUAACAGGCAUUCCAGAAGAAUUGCUCCAGGAACAAGAGGCUGAAGAGAGUUCUGAUGAUGAUCCUUUAGGGUUUCUACGUGAUCAACCUCAAUUUCAGCAGAUGCGAGCAGUUAUCCAACAGAAUCCUAAUUUACUUAACACUGUGCUUCAACAAAUUGGCCAAACUAAUCCAGCUCUUUUGCAAGCUAUAAGCCAACAUCAACAGGCAUUUGUAAGGAUGCUUAACGAACCUGUAAAUACUCCUCCUACUGCUGCCGCCGCAGCUGCUGCUGCUGCUGCUGCUAUAGCACCAGAUGAAAUUUCUGUUGAAAACCAACCACCACAAUCACAAAAUGUUAUUCAAAUUUCCCCUCAAGAUAAAGAGGCCAUUGAACGAUUAAAAGCAUUGGGAUUUCCCGAACAUAUGGUUAUACAAGCAUAUUUUGCAUGUGAAAAAAAUGAAAAUCUUGCAGCAAACUUUUUACUGUCUCAAAAUUUUGAUGAUUAAAAGUAAAGUAUCAAGAUACAAACUUCUUAUAUUGAAUGUAAAAAAAAAAAGUAACAGUAUCACAUUUACUGUAUUUUACAUUAACAGCCUUACAAUAGUUCUAACCUGCUUUGUACAUUUCCUUAAUGUGUAAUUGUGCACUAAAAUUAAAAAAAAACUGUCACGAUAAAAACAUCUAUAAUAUAGAUAUCUUAUUGUACAACUUAUUCAACUCUUUAAAUAAAGAAGUUGUUGUUAUCUUCGU